GAGGCAAGUAUUUCCCCCUGUUGAAGCUCAUUAUUGUUCCAACUGUUUGGAAAAUAUUCCCACUGCUGAAGCUCGCUUGAAGAAAAACAGAUGUGGGUCAUGCAUGGACUGUCCUAACUGUUUCAACGCAUUGUCAGUGAGAGCAUCGACAAUCACACGAGGCCCUGAGGGUGCCAAGACGCCUGGUAAAGUCUACUAUCUCGCCUGCUUCAUCUGCCGAUGGACCACACGAGAUGUUGGAAUACCUGAUCAAAAUGCAGCGAGUGGACAGUGGCCGGAGCGUGAGAAUCCUCACAGUAACCGCAUCAGCACUCUGCUGGAGCAUUACAAGACAAAGGCACUCCGUGAGAAGAUUGAGAAGGAGCGAAAAACUUUCAAUGCUCCUCGAAGAGGCUACACACAUCUAGCUGAGCGGUAUGGAUUGUCAGGAAUGAUAGCACGUAAAAGAGCAGGAUUGCCUAAAGUUCCAUUGGGGAGGGAUGCAGAAGUGAGCACUCCCCCACCCCCCUCUAUAGCCUCAGACACAGUAGAGGACUUGCCUGAAACAUACUUAACUACUGCUCCCAAUCUAACUGAGGUAACGACCUUGAGCCAGCGUCUGAAUCUGAUAGACUCGCAGCCUUUCAAGACAGAGGACAUGAUCCCUCCUCACCGUCGUCUGUACAUAAAACGUUCUCAGCGUUGCCGAGAAUGUGAACACAAUAUCUGUAAGCCAGAGUUCAUCCCAGGGUCCAUCAAGUUUAAAAUUCAACUCGCCGCUUACUACCACUUGCCAUCAGUGCGUAUCUUGACAGUGGAACCACUACGGGCCGGUCGACCCUGUGAGAUCAUCCUUAAGUUGACCAACCCUACGCAGCACCUUACCUCGGUGCAAUUCUGUCCACUUCCCACGGAAGAGGAAGAGCUGCGCGAUCUUGAGAUUGAGAUGGUUCGACUCUUCAGUAAAGAUGGAACUAAGCCAGGAGGAGGCAGGGACAGUCUAGUGCUACCAUCCAUAGGCCAGCAGUCGUCUGUGCCGCUAACUCCACGACGUGUGCAAGCCACACUGACAGCUGCACUGUCAUUACCUCCAGGAGGUGUCAUUCUGCCUCCGCGGGAUGAUGCUGCUGAAUACGAUGACUCUGGGGAUACUCAUAACUUUGGAGAUGAUACCAAGGUAGUGGUGUGGAGGAAGGGUAACAAAGCAGCAGUCAAGUGUGUACUGACACCAGAGAAUGGUCUGUCAGUAGGAACUCCUGUCAUGUGUGGUUUUGUCACAUACAUUAAGUAACACUGUCUGUGUUGUUACAGGGUAGUGGUGUGGAGGAAGGGUAACAAAGCAGCAGUCAAGUGUGUACUGACACCAGAGAAUGGUCUGUCAGUAGGAACUCCUGUCAUGUGUGGUUUUGUCACAUACAUUAAGUAACACUGUCUGUGUUGUUACAGGGUAGUGGUGUGGAGGAAGGGUAACAAAGCAGCAGUCAAGUGUGUACUGACACCAGAGAAUGGUCUGUCAGUAGGAACUCCUGUCAUGUGUGGUUUUGUCACAUACAUUAAGUAACACUGUCUGUGUUGUUACAGGGUAGUGGUGUGGAGGAAGGGUAACAAAGCAGCAGUCAAGUGUGUACUGACACCAGA